AUCCAGUGUGGACUGACUUGUGGUGCUCACCUGCUCUGCCCGUCAAGUUCGCAGCAGCAGCUUCACUGCUCUCUGUGGACUCUCACCGAGUGAAUAGGCGCGGGGCCAGCACCGCACCCGGGCUUCGCCGCGUUAAAUUCUCCCUCCCUCGUCGUCUCGCUUCAGCAGUGAGUGCUUCACGCCCUGACCUGACCUGACUGGCAUCGUUAAGCUAGUGCAAACACAGAACGCGACGCAAAGCGCCUCCUCGGGGUGUGUGCACUGCACCAUGGCCUCCUCGGCGCAGCUCAGGUGUCUCAAGCCGCUGUACCAGCUAGUGGUCAACAACAUCCUCGCCAUCGUCUCCGUUCCGCUCGCCGCCGCGGUCGUGUUCAAGGCGGCGGAGCUGGGGCCCGAGGAGAUCCUAGCCUGGCUCCGCGCGCUCCGGCCGGCGCACAUGUUUCUGGCCGGGUUUCUACCGGCCGCGGCAGCGGUCCUGUACCUGAUACUCCGGCCGCGCGCGGUGUACCUGGUGGACUACGCGUGCUUCCGCACCAACCCCAACUGCCGCGUCCCGUUCGCGACGUUCCUGGAGCACUCCCGCGUGUGGCCGGGCUUCGACGAGCGCAGCGUCCGGUUCAUGACGCGGCUGCUCGAGCGCUCGGGGCUCGGGGAGGAGACCUGCCUUCCCUACGCGCAGCACUACAUCCCGCCGUCGCGGGACCUCGAGUCCUCCCGCGCCGAGGCCGAGAUCGUCAUCUUCUCCGCCAUUGACGACCUGCUCGCCAAGACCAAGAUCUCCCCGCAGGACAUCGACAUCCUCGUCGUCAACUGCAGCCUCUUUGCGCCGACGCCGUCCUUCACCGACAUGAUCAUCAACCGGUACAAGCUCCGCAAGGACGUGCGCAACGUGCACCUCGCCGGGAUGGGGUGCAGCGCGGGGCUCAUCUCCGUGGGGCUCGCCCGGAACCUGCUCCAGGUCGCGCCCUGGGGCGCGCACGCGCUGGUCGUGUCCACGGAGACCAUCACGCCAAACUACUACAUGGGGCAGGAGCGCGCGAUGCUGCUGCCCAACUGCCUGUUCCGCAUGGGCGGCGCCGCGGCGCUGCUGUCCACCAACGGUGCGAACGCGCGGUUCCGGCUGAAUCGCGUCGUGCGCAAGCUGAGGGGCGCCACGGACAGCGCGUACCACUGCGUGUACCAGGAGGAGGACGACCGCGGUAACGUCGGGAUCAACCUCUCCAAGGACCUGAUGAACAUCGCGGGCGACGCGCUCAAGGCGAACAUCACGGCCAUGGGGCCCCUGGUGCUGCCGGCGUCGGAGCAGCUGCUGUUCGCGCUGUCCUUCAUCGCGCGCAAGGUGCUCAACAACCGGAUCAAGCCCUACAUCCCGGACUUCCGCACGGCGUUCGAGCACUUCUGCAUCCACGCGGGCGGGCGCGCCGUGAUCGACGAGCUGCAGCGCAGCCUGACGCUGUCGGACGAGCAGGUGGAGGCGUCGCGGAUGACGCUGCACCGGUUCGGCAACACGUCGAGCAGCUCCCUGUGGUACGAGCUCGCCUACAUCGAGGCCAAGGGUCGCAUGCGCAAGGGAGACCGCGUGUGGAUGAUCGGCUUCGGCUCCGGGUUCAAGUGCAACAGCGCCGCGUGGGAGUGCAUCCGCCCCGCCCCCAACGCCGACGGGCCCUGGGCCAAUUGCAUCCACCGCUACCCCGUCCACAUCCCCGACGUGCUCAAGCACUGAGCAACAUCCUGCACACACCGUCGUCAUCAGCUACCUACGUACGUACAGACAUUCCUGCCUCCAGUUCAUCCCCCCGUACAUUUCCAUUACUCUUCUCUUUCCUCUACCACCCCAUCUGGUAUUGCUGCAUUCGGUUCGUGAAAAUCAAACCGUUGGAACAGCGAUUGGCUGGUCGUGUCAAGGCGGCGGGGACGGGUCAGGUUCUCGUGCUGUCGUGCAUGUGCGCCGCGGCCGACGGUUGUGUUGUGGUUGAGCAAUAUAGACACUUAUACAAUGAUAUUCAUCUAAUUUUACCUUUCUACUUGUAUUCAUUCACCUAGUAAACUGAGAGAGAUGAACUAGGGACGCAAGGAAGAAUAAAGCUUGAUGUAUCUCAGUAUCUGUAUACCUACUCCAUCAAUCUAUUGUUGAAAUUUACCCGUACAUGAUCACGAAUUCACCACCUUGAUGUUGAUCGAGUCACGUGUCCCCUUUUAUAUGAGGUUUUCUUGUUGCUUUUUCGUUUUGUCUACUGGUUGUGUGCAUCAUGAUGAUGCAGAGGCCGAAAGAUCUUAUACGGUUGUCUCUUCUUCUUAUAACGAUAAGAGUUAAUAAAAUACAUUGCAAUGAGAACCAGAUUGUUCAUUGUCGACCUUGUUUGCUGAUGCUCUCUGUCUCUGUGUGUUCGCC